CUCGAGUAAUCAGCGUAUCGUCUUCCUCCCCAAACACAGACGAUUCGAUCAAACGCGAUCUCAAAUUUACUCUUCAUUGUUCCUUCUUAGCUCCAACAAUGGCGGAGCCAAACCCUAAGAAUUUCCCCAUCCUCUCCUAUGUAUUGGCCCGUUUACCCACCUUCGGCUCCAGAUCAUCCUCCUCGAGCCCUACCUCGCCGUCCUCCGCCGCUGCCUUCGAUGUCGAGCGACAAAAUGCGUCGCCGAAAUCCAAUCCGUCUUCGUCGGCGACUCAAUCGAUCGAGAUCGUGACCCAGAUGCCUCACCUGGCGCAUCCCGAUGUGUUGGCAUCGAUGACCAGCGCGAUAUCCGACGUUGCCCAGACGCGAUCCGUGCUUCGAACCCUAGGUCCGCGACCCGAUCACGAGACCGUCGACAAGGCCCGCUCGAAACUCGCAGAUAUCGAGGCAUCGCUGUCGGAAUCUUUCGAGGAGAUCGCGCUGUCGCCGACGGACACCGAUGUGGUGGCGAAGGAGCAGAAGAGGCGCGAGACGGUGGAUCAGGAGAAGACGUGGUACAAAUCGAUUUUGCAGCUCGACGAGCUCCACGAGGCGUACGGGAAGCUGUUGAAGGAAGCGGAGGAGAGGUUGGUGAGGAUCUACGAAUCGGCGGAGAAGGACGCUGCUGCGGCGGCGGCGGAGGAGAACGCCGCGACGGAGGAGGUCAAUGAGGAGGUUGUGGGUAUACUUCAGCACGCGUCGGCGAAUCCAUUGGAGCGCGUUGAUUUGUCUGGGAGGAAGCUGAGAUUGAUCCCCGAGGCAUUUGGGCGGAUUCAAGGGUUGCUUGUUCUUAACCUGUCGAACAAUCAGCUUGAGGCCAUUCCUGAUGCAAUUGCUGGAUUGCAAGAUCUUGUUGAACUGGAUGUUUCCUCAAAUCUUCUGGAGUCAUUACCCGAUUCAAUCGGACUGUUGACCAAACUGAAAAUUCUCAAUGCCUCGAGUAAUAAGCUCACCACCCUGCCUGAUUCCAUCUGCAAUUGUGGGUCGCUGGUCAUCUUGGAUGUGAGCUUCAACCGUCUCUCGUACUUACCGACCAACAUCGGGUUUGAGCUGGUGAAUCUAGAAAAGCUUCUGAUCCAUCUCAACAAGAUCCGAUCUCUUCCGACUUCAGUCGGUGAAAUGAGGUCUCUACGUUACCUCGACGCCCACUUCAACGAGCUAUGCGGGCUUCCAAAUUCUUUCGGUAUGCUGACAAAUCUCGAGUACCUCAACCUGAGCAGCAACUUCAAUGACCUGACAGAACUCCCGGCCUCGUUCGGAGAACUCAUCAGCCUCCAAGAACUCGACCUGAGCAACAACCAGAUCCACGUCCUGCCCGACACAUUCGGGUCACUGGCGAGCCUGACCAAGCUGAAGCUGGACCAGAACCCGCUGGUGAUGCCGCCGGAGGAAGUGGUGAAGGAAGGGGUGGACGCCGUGAAAAUGUACAUGGGGAAGAGAUGGAUCGGCAUUUUGGAAGAGGAGGAGAGGAAACUGAACGUGAAGGACGAGAUGGAGGAGACUAACACAGGCUGGCUCACUCGAACCACCUCCAAGUUGAAGACCUACGUCUCUGAGGUCUCCGAGUAUCUCGGUUCCAAAUCUCCGAGAGACCCUUACCUUGACCAGCAACUUUGACUUUUUUUUUUUUUUGCAUCGUACGCACCGCUCUCGAGAUCCGGAGGGAAGCAGUUACGAAGACAUGAACUCUCUUCUGUCCCGAGUUCCUGAGUUCUUGGGAUCCUUGGUUGGCUCUUGGUUCCUGAAGAGACAGAAGAACCGGAGUGAAGUGAAAGAUUUGAAAUUUUGUUCCAUUUGAUCUGUUUAUUUAUUUUUUGGACCGGCAAAUGCCCAUUUACUAAUGUUUAGUUAAUUAAAUAUUUAAUAAAUGUGAUGCGUGUCGUCCUCUUGGAUGAAA